AUGAAUCUAAAUAUUCCUUAACUCAAAGGAAGCUUUGGAAAUAUGAAGCCUGUAAAUCCUCUCGAUCAAUUUGCUAAGGAAACAGAGGAGGAUUCAAGUGAAAUAGAUAGGUUAUAAAAAAGACUAAAUGAAUAGUAGUAGUAAGUGGAAGCAUUGAUGAAAGUUGUUUCAAAUUCACAAUAAUAAAUAUAUUUAUCUCAAGAUAGAUAUAAACACACAGUAGAAAGUGAGCGAUUAAAUAGUUAAUUGCUUGACGAAAUAAAGCAUCUAAAGAAGCAACUUAAAUAAAUUGAAAGUGGUCCUAGACUACCUCAAGCACCUUUCCUACCUCCAUUUUUGCCUUAAUAGUAAUAUCCCUUCAGUUAUCACUAACCAUAUAAUCAAAUGGCUAUGCCUUACCCAAUGCCGAAUCAAAAUCCUUACUAUCAAUAUUAUCCAUAUCAAAAUGUGCCUUUCCAACAACCGUAGAAGGAUGACAGAAGUUUUAGUAAAAUAUUGAAAGGCUUAGCUAAGAAAAAAGAGGACGAACAAUUAAAGCAGAUAAUGAUGUUAUUGUUAAAAAACUCAUAGAAUGAUCCAGAUAAUGAACAUCAUUAAAAAUAGAAAUCUAGAAGGAAUGUAAAAGCCAAACACAGAUCUUAAGAAGACGCCUCGGAAUUUUUGUAUAGUAAAAGUUCUAGAUAUGAAGAGGAAUCACGAGAACAGAUGUAAAAGAAGACUAAUAAGAAAAAGACAAUAAAACCUUAAGAAUAAUAAUAACCAUUGCUAAAUUAGACUUCAAAACUUAAACUUCAACCUAUUAAAGUAAAGCCUACUCCAGAAAGAUUAAAAUUAUUAAGGAAGAAAUUUAAAUACUGUGCUUGGAUGGUUAUGUUUUAUAAAAAUAAAUAUUAUUUAAUAUUGGAGAAAAAAGCAAUCAAAAGAUUUAAUGAUGAAGUAGGUCUAUACGAUGAUUAAUUUGUAAUAAGCUUUUGAUUAUAUUAGUAAUACACCAAUGCCAUAGCAAUGUUUGUUAAGGAGGGUCAAAAGAUUUCUGUAUUCAAAAAAUCCUGGGUUUUCACAGAAAAAAAAGAUGUCCCUACUCGAAUAACUAAUUUAAUCUAAGCAGCAGAAACCUUUGUUAAACAAUUAAUUAUAAUAACGCAAAACAUUAAAUUUGAUCAAAAACAUUUGUCAUACAUUAAAGGAUUCACUACAGAUGGAGGUUAUUUAUUUCCAGCACAUUCAGCUUUUGUGUCACAGAGAUUAAAAUUAAAUUACAAAAGGAAAUUAAAGUAUUUUACUACCUUAAUUUUAGAUUCGCCUCUCCUGAACAAUAAAAAAUGGCCUUUUUGGAGUAUGCAUAUGUAUAAUUACUUUUAUAUGAAUAAAUGUUCUCAAUCAGCGGUUGGUAAGAUUUGCUUAAGCCAUUUGCAGAACCCUUAAAAUUACUUGUUUCUCUUCUAUAAUAUUUGUUUGUAGACAGAUUCUAGAAUCUGUAAAUCCUAUCAAAAAAUAUGAAAUUUAAUGUACAAAAUUGUUUUAUUACUAAAUCAGGUUGAUUAAGUUCCAUACUUGGAUUUCACUAAGCGUAAUGUGGCUGAUGUCAAAUAAGCAAUAAAUCAAAAUGAUCCCAGAUUUUAGGUUACCGAUAAAUACCCAAUCCUUGGAUUGUAUGAUGAGACUGUGUUGAAACCAGUAAUUGAAAAUCCUGCGUUUGCAAAUCUUUAAAACCAUUUUAAAGCUUUUGUUGAUUUUAUACACUCUAAAACGCAGUGA